GCAAACGCCAGGCUCUAGUGUCCCUUGCUGCUAUCCGUCCGUACAGUAGCACUCACCCAGUACUAGAAAUGGCCGAAGCCCCUCCACGGCCCAGCCGGUUUUUUUGUCACCGGUGUUCAGCAGAGAUCUCGCCCCGUCUACCGGACUACACAUGCCCACGCUGUGAGUCUGGUUUCAUUGAGGAACUACCUGAAGAACCAAGCAGUUCUGAAAAUGGGUGUGCGUCCACGUCCUCUGCCAGUGAUCAGAAUCGCUCCAGCUUUGAGAACAUGGAUCAACAUCAUUUAUUCACAUUUCCAUCGGGGUACGGCCCAUUCGCCCUUGGGAUUUUCGACGAAAACUUUGACCUUCGAUCGAGAUUAUCCACAGAGGACAACCGGGAGGCAGAGAACAGGCGAGAGAGGGAAAUGGCUUCACGGCAGCGAUACAGUGCGAGGCAGCCGCGGGGUCGACACGUGCCACGCCGGCAGGGUUCGCGGCACGAAGGAGUGCCCACAUUGGAGGGAAUCAUCCAGCAGCUCGUUAAUGGAAUCAUAGCACCUGCAGCCAUGCCAAAUACCGGGAUGGGACCAUGGGGUAUGCUACAUUCCAAUCCAAUGGACUAUGCCUGGGGGGCUAAUGGACUGGAUGCUAUCAUUACACAGUUAUUAAACCAGUUUGAAAACACCGGUCCUCCACCAGCUGACAAAGAAAGAAUAAAGAGUUUACCGACCAUUUCCAUUACACAAGAACACGUUGGUGCUGGGUUAGAGUGUCCUGUCUGCAAAGAAGACUACAGUGUUGACGAGAGUGUUAGGCAGCUACCGUGCAAUCAUUUGUUUCACAAUGAUUGUAUAGUUCCAUGGCUGGAGCAGCAUGACACAUGUCCAGUGUGCAGGAAGAGUCUUAGCGGUCAGAACACGGCCACAGACCCACCGGUGUUAUCAGGAAUCAACUUCUCUCCGCCUUCCUCCUCAUCCUCUUCCUCUCCAAGCUCACCUAGCAAUGAAAAUGCAGGGAGCAACUCAUAGGCUUCCCCCUGCCCCCAUGUCCUCCUUCACAUCUGAUGGCACCCCGCUGAGACCCACCAGCUCCUCUCUGCAGCUGAGACCACAACAGUUUUAUGUCUCAAUUCUCGGGGACAAGAACUUUGACUUUUAGUCUUCAUUCCACCCCUCUGUGCCGAACAGACGCUGGGUCCAACCCCUGCUGCUAUUGUUACUUAGUGUAUGAGGAGUGAAAGAGGAAUGUGAAAUAAAUUAGAGGUGGGUUUGUGACCUGAUCAGAAGCAGUAUAGAACCAGAGUGGACUGGGUUUUAUUUUAUUUUAUUUUUUUGGUGGGAAAUGUCCUCGUCAUACGGCGGGUACACAUUUUAGAUAAAAAAAAAAAAAAAGAAAGAAAAAAAAAGAAAAAAUCAUCAACAAAAUGCUCUUUUUAAAACAAAACAUUGCCAGUGGUGGUGGACUGACUCUUUAGAUGCUCAGAUUGGAAAUCCUCUAAAAAAAAUAAUAUGUCAACCACUUGCAUCUAAUUGAUCAAGCAACCCAAGCCUCUUGGGGAAAAAUGAGGCUGUGUGUCUGAUUUUAAUUUAUUUGCUUCUUUAUUUUGCACAGGAUUUUGUCUGAGGGUGAGAAUGUGAAACUGGAUCAAGUUACUGUACAGAAAAGGCAAAAAAAGAAGUCCCAUAAAGUUAAUUAUGCAGGAUGGUUUCCCCCCAUUUUCUUUUAUUAUGGUCCAUUUGAGAAGAGCUCACUCAUGUGUUUGCUAUAUCUUGACGGUAGGGAUGGUUGCAGCUUAGCAGUGGACACAACUUUUAUUUUUGUAGUGGAAAAAAAAAAUUACAAACUUGUGCAUUCACUGAAACACAACGUACGCAAUGUUAGUUAUUAAAAAGAAAAGCAAAUGGCAUGGGAUUAUUUUACCUCUAUGGAACUGGCCAAAUGAAUUUCACAUAAUAAGUGUUAUUUUAUUUGCUAAAUUUUUGUACAGUCACAAUAAAGUGCUAAAAACAACCAA